UCCUCCUCAUUAAAUUUUGGUUUACAUUGAGCUCAGUUGAUGACAGUAUACAAUCUGCAAACGCAACAAAUAAUGUGAAACAUAUGGAUUGCAGGAAAAGGUAUCCGAUUUGGUAACUCGAGAGACCCAAGCAUAGAUCAAAUGUGAAAGGCUCUGAGAAGGAAAUUUGCAACCCACACCUAACUAUGUUAGCUCAUAAGGCGGCGAGGAAAGAAGAUAUGGCAAAACUUUGAUCCAUCCAGCACUAAUUUUAGUUUGACCAGUGGAGAACAUGAAAAGGACCCUAACUUAAGGAAACCGACUUCUUUGAGCUGUGGUAAGAGUUGUGCUUUGCCUCUUCCAAGCAUGAAGAGGUGUGUGUGUGUAUAUAUAUAUAAGACGAAGGACCUAUUCUUGGCAUCAGCAAUCUUGCAACAAGGAGGCAAGCUAUCAUGGGCAACUGCAGUGGUCUUCAUUGUAGAAGGGAAAGAUCCAUGGAGCUGAAGAAGGAUCGCAGAUUUGAUUCCAUGGGCGCUGCUCAUGAAGGGAUAAAGACGGUGGCCAUCGAAAAGGUUUGUGAGUUCUCCACCAGCUCAGUUACUUGUGUCUGCAUAGUGACAUGGAACAUGAAUGGAAAGGCAUCCUCGGGCGACAUGGCGGAGUUCAUCGGCUGGCACAGAAGGUUUGAUCUUUUAGCGGUAGGGUUGCAGGAAGUCCCAAAGCAUGACGUCGGAGUGCAGUUGCAGGCUGCUCUUGCCGAAACCCACCGCCUCUUGGCAGCAGCGACGAUGCAAUCGCUGCAACUGUUUGUGUUCGGCCCCAAAAACUCCCAACCCUUGGCGAAAGAGACGAGGGUGGACAAGCACGCAGUCAGAGGCUGUGGAGGGUUGGUAGGAAGGAAGAAGGGAGCCGUGGGCGUGCAUAUCGAGUUCAAUGGAAUCCGCAUGGUCUUCAUUUCCUGUCAUCUCUCAGCUCAUGCGCGCAACGUGGAGGAGAGGAACUCCCAGUGCAGGCACAUCUCCCAAUCGCUCUUCGCCAAGGACGGGAAUCCAUGUCGGAGGCAUUGCCAUGUGACGGUGUGGAUGGGAGAUCUCAACUACAGAUUGCAGGGAAUCAGCACCCACCCAGCACGAAGCCUGAUCCGUACUCUGCGUUACGUGAUGACGAUGCAGCUGUUGACGAGCAAAGACCAGCUGCUCCGGGAAGCGAAAAGUGGGGAAGUGUUCGUUGGGUACUGCGAAGGGAGCUUGUCGUUUAAGCCGACGUACAAGUACGACGUGGGGAGCAACAACUACGAUACGAGCUACAAGGUCAGAGUGCCUUCGUGGACCGACAGAAUCUUGUUCAAGAUCGAUAGCUCAUCGGGGAUCGAUGCGGCGUUGCACUCCUACGAGUCGAUCGAUCGAGUCAAGACCUCUGACCAUAAGCCAGUGAGGGCCCACCUGUGUUUGAAGGUAUCAAACAUAACAAAUGAAUUUGGAAGACAACAUGGAUAGCAGAACAGGGAAGAGUACCAGUGGAGCAAUCAAUGCCAGCAAAGCCACUGUCACACUGACAGGCACCAUUUGGAUGGCAUGUGCCAUGCUCGCUACAAUUUCGUGGACAUGAUC